CCGCGUGCGACCCCGCUCUCGCGAUCUCUCGGCGACAUCGAGGGCUUUGAUCUUUCUACAAACCGUCACCAGAUUCCCGGCCCAUCCCCUUCUCCGAUCGGAUCCGCCGCCGGUAUGGCUCUCCUCGGGGCGGCCAUCCCCAGCGAGGUUGGAUUGCGGUUGUUACUUUGCCCAUUUGGUAGUAACAUUGUCAUCAGAACUGCUUGCUGCACGGUGGGGAUUGGGCUGCCUGUAUACUCAACUUUUAAGGCUAUAGAGAACAGAGAUUGCAGUGAACAGCAUAAAUGGCUUGUAUAUUGGGCAGCUUAUGGAUCUUUCAGUCUUGCUGAGGUUUUUCUGGAUAAAUUUUUAUGUUGGUGCCCAUUUUACUAUCAUAUGAAGUUUGCCUUUCUUGUCUGGCUGCAACUACCAACCACUAAUGGAUCAAGGAUGAUUUACAGAAGAUAUCUGCGUCCUUUUCUGUUGAGACAUCAGGCUAGACUUGAUCAGCUACUUGGUGCCACCUCCAAUGAAAUCGCCAAAUUUGUUGUCACUCAUCAGAAUGAAAUACAAGUUUUGAAGUCUGUGAUUGAAAAGUGCGCCACAACAGCGAGUCAGAUUGUGAAAGACAUUAUUCAACCAGGACAAACUGAGGGCCGAAAUCUAAAUGAUGAUCCCAACAACCCUGCACCCAAUCGACUUCAGAUCCAAAAUGGUUCCAAUGCACCCCAAUCCACUAGUUCCCAAAGCCAAGACCAAGACCCAGAUCCGGAUUCUGACAAUUGAACUUUCUAUCGGCAUAACUUCUUGUCAAGCAAAAUCGAUUUUUAUUAGAAAAGCCUGCAUAAUUUAUGUACAUACGGAUUCUCGCCUGUCCAUAUUUGUUGUAUGAACGCAAUGUGGGCAUCUAGGUUGCUUGGAUAAAUCAUUAAAUCAAAGCUUUUAGCCAAUUCUACUAUUUAACUAUAUAUACUAUCUUUUGUCUUUCUAUCCCAUUUGAAGCAGCUGACCUGACCGGACGUUUUUGCUCUGGUGGUGCACCUGUUAGUCUCUGUUAUGAUUUGUUGAUUUCUAAUCUGAGCUUGCCUUGUAGGACUUGUGUAGGGUCCAAACAACUGUCAAGAACUUGAAUUUGGUUUAUUUACAGUGCAACAGCUUUGGUAUUGUAAUGUAAACUUUACAUUUGUUUGGCUGAUUGCCUUGCUUUGCUUUCAAUAACUCAUUAUUAUUC